AUGCCUCGUUUAAUGCCUGCUGGACUUCCGUUACCUCGUGUUGUAGAAAUGUUGGCAAGAUAUACAGUCCAUAUUGAUCCUGAAGUCAUCCAGGCUGCAUCUCAAGCUCUUCGUCGUAUUGCCAAGCAAAUUGAUAGUCAAACAGUGGUCACUGGUUAUGCAAGAUUUGUUUAUCGUUUAGAGGACAAGGUAUCAAAUGUCAUCGUAUCUCUUGCAAAUGGACUUGGUGGUAGAUGUGAUCAAGAAGAUAAUCCUACUUGUGGUGGUGUUCUACAACUGUAUGUGGAUUUAUUGGCUAUUUGGGUAAAUCAAGUAGAGUUAGGUUCCUUACGGGAAAUCGUUAUGGCAUGUCCUUCUCCUAGUCUCAGUGCAGAUGUACAAUCGGAUGUAACACGAUUAUUCGACAUGGUGGAAGAAACAGAAGCCAAUGGAUUGAUGUUUUUGUGUAGUCAAUCAUGGAUGGUACGACAGAUGGCGAUUCAAAUGAUUCAAUGGGCAGCCAAACUUGAAGCAAGACUGGAAUCACAAGUGGAAGUGGAAACAUUGGUGAUCACAACAUCUGCCAAUGAUAGUAGUUUGUCUGAUACGAUGGUGUCCACGCAACAAUUUAUUCAGCAAUUAUGGGAACAUGUAGAUGAAAAGAAAACACGAACGUAUGGGCGCUUACUGGACUUGCUUGAAAAUGCAGCGGUGGGACAAGAACUGAUUCAAUUUGACAAGGACAAGAAUCAAUUUUGGGGCACCAAGUUAUCGAUAGAAACUCGAGUUCGGCUUCAACAAUAUCAACGACGUACAGCGUCACCUAUCUUGGUACAAUUAGCGACAUCGGAUGAUCCAACAGAUCAAUGGAUUUGGCAUACUUGUUUCAUGGAGUUAAUCAAACGAGCAUUUGUACAUUUCCCGGACACGGUGAUUCUUUGUCGACAUAACAUAUGCGAUCGAUUACUUCAAAUUCAACCAGCAUUAUUGGCAUCUCUUGAAACGGUGAAAACAGGUGCAGCAGGGACUCUUAGUAUGGCAAAAAGUAUCAAUGCUAAUCAAAAGAUGAUGGUGGGAACUGAUUUGAUUGAUCAAUGGAAAGUGUAUCUGGCAUUUGCUUGCGCUACUGCCUCUGACAAGGUUGGCAUCAAGUCGACAAAAUCGGAAGUAGCUCGAGGACCAACUAGUAGUUCUUCUACUACUCAUCUGAAAGCUGAUCGACGAUAUCCUACAGCAACAUGGGUUAGUAGUGGACGAAAAGGAUCAGCAGUAAUGGAAAAACUGGAAACGGCAUCUGAUUUAUUUCGACUGGUACUCUCCUUCUUACCUUGUGACAACCGACCUAUUCGUGAAGGGACGAUUUAUGGACUUGGUUAUGUUCAUCCAGAUGCAUACAAGACGUUGAUGAACGAUUUACAGUCAUGGAUAAGGAUGAUUUUGGAUGAAGGCAAACAUCGCAACAAUCAAAAGCCAUAUCAAAACAAACGGAACAAGAAGAACGAUCGUCUAAGGAUUUCCCUUAUGCAUGUCUUGGCCUCUACUGCAUCUUGUUUAACAGCCCAUCAUGUCGAUCAUAUUACUGAAUUUGACAAUGACUACAAAACUAUUGCUCUCUUGAUCAUGUCUUAUAUCAAGGAAACCAAGGUGUUCUUAGGUGGUGCCGAUGUUCAAUUGGAAUGGGAAUAUCAUAAACUCCGGGUGUAUCUUUGUCGUUUGGUGGAACAAGUUUACAAAGUUGUCAUGACUUUGGAUGAUCCGACUGCGAUCAUGUCUUUUGAAACUCGACUGUCACUAUACAAGAUGUUUGAAGAAUGGUGUGGCUAUGGUGCAUAUGCAAACGUGACCCGAACUCGUGAAGCAGCCAUGAUCCGUGAUGUUUUGGAACAAUGCAAAGAAGCAAAGGAUCGUGCUAGUAUGACUAAAUUGAUGGAAGAAGAACGAAAGGCUUUGGAAACAGCUGCUCUUUCAGCGAUGGCCAUGUUAUGUAGGGGACCUUUAUAUACCUUCCUUGGACAAAAGAAAGCUCGACAAGCCGUGAUUCAAUUUGAUAUGUUGAAUGUACUUCGAUGGAUUGAUGCUGUAUUUGAAAGCCCUGAUCCCAAAAAUCAUUUAAUCGCAAGGGAAGCUUUGGAAGCUGUAUUGAUAUAUAAUCAAGAUCAACCUCUACUACUGGAUGAUAUAAUUGAACAAUGUUAUGCUGGCAAUCCAAAACUAGAAUUUACUCAAGGUUAUUUCCAAGCAGUAUCUGAUAUUAUUGCUCGUGUUGAAGAUUAUCCUUGUCAUGUUCAUCAAAUCAUGAGUCUUGCUCUUUUCAAGGCUGGUGAUGCGAAAAAAUCGAUUCGAAAAUCAGCAAUGCAACUUUUACGAUCGGUGGAAGAACGUGUAUUUGGGGAUUCUUGUGCCAAGGAAUAUGAAAUUGGAAUUACCAGUAGUCUACCGGCCAUUUACAAACAUACACAGACAUUACUUUCAGCACGUCUAGCUGUGGAUCAUCCUGAACAAACUUAUAGCAUGCUUUCGGAAAUUACUCAACGAUUUGAACAUAUCAGUGCCAACAGUCAACGUGAAGUACUAGGGUAUUUGAUUCCUUGGUUACGAAAAGUAGAAUUAGCCAUGAUUCCAACAACUUCAUCAUCAUCUUCAUCAUCAACAACAGCGACUACUGCACCACCACCACCAUCAUCAUCAUCUUCAUCAGCAGCAUCAUCGCCAGUAUCUCAUGGACAAGAAGUGGAACUCAGCACAACGGCAUUUGUGGUUCUUUCUAAUCUUUAUUAUCUCACCAUCAAGUUCGGUGAUAUCUAUGUUAAGGAAAUUGCAGCAUUAUGGAAUCAACUCGUGGAUCAUGGACGAAAUGUACGGGCGAUCAUCACCUAUCUAUUAGACAUGGGACUAGAGAAACGCAAUCCUUGGUUCUUGGUGCAUGCAAAACGGGUAUUUGUUUGUCUUGGUCGUACACCAGCAUUCAACAGAGUAGUGGAAGAAGCUAUUGCAGAGAUCACACCUCGAUCUAUGGUACCUCAAAUUAAGGAUCCAUCUUGUACAACUACCAGUCAUCAUUAUUUGAACCGUCUUCAUGGUACGACAUUUGUAGCAGAUACUGACAAGGUAUUACCUCCUUAUGCGAAACGACCUGCUUUUUCAAAGGGUCAAUUGGCGAUGGUGUAUCUUGUGGAUUUGGCCAUCGAAGCAGGCGCGGAUCUGGCUCCUCAUCUUCCUCUGUUGUUACACACGAUCUUUGUUCAGCUGGAUCAUUUGACAAGCAUUGUAUGUGAUCAAUCAAGAUGUCUUCUUAUCAAUUUGAUUCAUGCCAUUGUGGUGCGCCAAUCGUUGGAUGCUGAUAUGUCAAGACAAGGACUUGAAGUGAUUGAAUGGUUAUCUUCUAAAGAAGGGAAACGAUUAUGGGCUUAUGAAAACAUCACACCGACCAAGAAUCGACGAUUACAAAGUACACAAGAACUCAAGGAUCUGGUACAACGCAUUCUUUACGUAUUCAGUCAUGAAGACCGGGAUUUACGACAAAAAUGGGGCGAGACAGCAUUGAAAUGGGCUACUUGUUGUUCUGUACGGCACAUUGCUUGUCGAUCCUUCCAAUGUUUCCGAGGAUUAAUGCCUGCUUUCAAUCAACACAUGUUGGCGGAUAUGUUGGCUAGAUUAUCGAAUACGGCAGCAGACAAGUCGGAAGAUAUCCGUGGGUUUUCAUUGGAAAUCAUCUUGACAUUGACCGAGGUGGCGCGUGCAAUGGAUUCUACUCAAAUCGAACAGUUUCCUCAAUUGUUUUGGGCGGCAGUGGCCUGUCUCUAUAGUCCUUUCCCUUCGGAACAUGUGGAAGCUUUGGCGUUAUUGGAAGUGGUACUGGACAAACUACUAUUGAAGGGAUCACUUUUGACAGACAGUUUUCCUGUUCAUUGGGCUAGUGAAUUUGAUGGAUUACAACCGUUAUUACUCAAGGGAUUACAAUUUGCCAUGGCAGAAGAAAAGACAUGGUCGAUUUUACGAUCUAUCAUGUUAUUGGACAAUUUACCUCUGAUCGAUCCUGCACCUACACGAUUCAUGUAUUUAUUAUUAGGAGCGGUACCUCGACUUUUAUAUGGAUUGGAUCAACAAGAAGAGGAACAUGCUGAAGCGAUGCAAUUGGCCAACGAGUUAUCAAUUUUGGCAGAACGCGUGGGGCUUGGUGAAAUACAACGACUGUUAUCGACUUAUCCCAAACAAAAGGCGAAAUUCCAAAUGGAUUAUCUUAAACAAUUGGUUGGUUCUCUUCGAUCUGUUUAUUUGACAGAACAAGGCAAUGAAGCAUUGAUGUUUGCGUUAUUGAUGAUCAAGAAUACGUUGGAUUAUUAUCGUGACAAGACAUUGAUGUUAAUUGAAGUGCUGGUACCUUAUGUUUUACAGACCAAUGCUCAAAUUGAUUUGACAACCUUGACGCCCUUGUUACAACUUGUACAAACCCCUUAUGCUGACCGUGCAUUGGCGAUCCUGAACAGUGGUAUCUCGGCCUUACCUCAACAACAACAAGAAACGAGUGAUGCUCCUUCUACGUUAUCUACUCAAACGGAUUCCUGCAAUGGCUCAACGACCACCAUUUGGCGUAUGGAUGAAAUGGCAAGUACCAAGAUGACAAGAAAAAACAUUCAUGCUGUCGUGUUUGAAUGUUCAUCCAUUACCAACCAAGCACCUAUUGAACACAACAUUCAAUUCUCCAUUGAAGAUUUCUCUUUAUUGACGGGUGAUGAAAAAGUGACGGCAGUGACGGCAGUGGCAGCUGAUGAUAGAAAUGAAAAGAAUCAACAAGAUAUCAAUCCCAUGACACAACUUUUAUCUGAUUUAUCCAUCUCUACGUCAACCACUUCAUCACCCCCACCACCCCCACCUCCACCACCAGCACCACCAGCACCACCACCAUCAUCAACUAUAUCACCACACGAAGGAUCAUCAUCAAGAUCAACCAUUCCUCAACAUGGAGAAGAUUUGAUGAAUGCUUUGAAAGAUUUGGACGACUUUUUCAAUGAAGAUACCGAAAAUUUGACACCUUCCAGUUCCUUGACCUCCUUUCAUCAUGGAUUAUGA